GGAAUUCCACCACCAGAACCUAAAUCACCUCCAAAACCUGUGCCACGAGUAACAGAUGAAACAUCCAGCUCUUUUUCUUACCUUUUACCUGUCGCCGUGCUCGUAGCUUAUAUUGCUUACAAAUACGUAAUGUCAGAUUAA